CAAAUAAGAUAUUCUUUUAUAUUAGCCUUAUUGACCUUAGAAGGUUUCAGCUCUCAACCUUCCACUAUGCAUGGGAAAUAGAAAUUCCUUUGCUUUGGCUUUAUUAAAAAUGAUCUACAUGAUUUUUAUAUUAUGACUUCUUACUGUGAUAUGUCCUGUUGAGUCUUGCCCCUCCAAGCAGCAAAGUGCCAUGCUGCCUGGUAUUCAUGCUGUCAUUAGAUAAUGAGCACAUCUGUGCUGGUCCUGGUGGUACAGCCUUCAGCAGAAAUAGAUAAUGUUCCUUCUCUCUUGUAUAAAUUAGGAAAUAUGGUUAAUAGUUGGAUUUGAGAAAUCAGAGUUUUGCCAGUUUUAGAACAGUAUAAAAUAAUUUUUGACAUAAGUUAUAUAAACCACAUUAUAAAACUAAGAGGGAAAAGCAAGGGAAAGUUUAACUCUUCUUCAUAAUAGCAUAUCUAUAAGUCUGUGAGAUGUUAUUUUUCAAGAAGUGGUGGUGAAGCUUAUUUUAAUUCCAGUAAAAUUUCCACUGGAGAAGGAAAUGGCAGCCCACUCCAAUAUUCUUGCCUGGAAAAUCCCAUGGACAGAGGAGCCUGGUGGGUUACAGUCCAUGGGGUUGCAAAGAGUUGGACAUGACUGAGCACACAUGCAAAAUUUCCAUGCACCAAAGAAGAAAUGAGAAAUCUACAUGCUUUUUGUUUUAUUGAGCUCCGAGAAAGUAUAUAUAGGUCAUUCAUGCUUCUUUCUUGAUUCAUGCCUGCCUCCUACUUCUUGCAAACAGGUUGCCCAGUGAGUGAGGCUAAGUUCUCACUCUGGGUGGGUAUCGAGGAUUCCUUUUUUCCCCUUGUUUAUAUGUCACUGUGUUAGUCACCAUAUUCUUGCUCAGAGUAUAAACCUUUGAAAAUGGCUAAAUGAUUGGCUUUUAGCCAUAGAAGAAUGAAUAUGAGCGAAGUUAUGAUGACAUAGCCAGGUGUUGGUGAAAUUUGAAUAAUGUAUGGGCAAUAACAUACUCAUUUAACAAUGUUACCUAAUAUGUAACAAACCUAAAUCUAGGUAUAAGCACCUUUUAUUAAUACUUAAAGAUUUCACAUGUUGUCAAACAAAACUUGAUACAACACUUUAAGUACUAAUAAAGAAGUGAGCAUUCUUUUAAUAUUGGGUGAUGUUUAGCUGAAAGUUACUUACUUUUCUAAACAAGGUUCUGACACUGAUCGCUACAGUAAGGUUCUUUUGAGUUUGUUAUUCUUAUCAUGUGCUUAAUGAUAAAGCUUCACUGCUACUUUUUCUUUCCUUGAACUAACCUUCACAUAAGGCACCUUGGUUUCCAGGUGGCGUGACUAUUCUUGUUGUAAUAAUAAGAAAUAUUUAACAUUUACUGAGUACAAGCUACUAAGCAAACACUGUUUUAAAUUCUCUACUUGAAUUUUUUUAUUUAACACAAAUCUAUGAUGGAGGUAAUGGUCGCAUACUCCAGUAUUCUUGCCUGGGAAAUCCCACGGACAGAGAAGCCUGUCAGGAUACAGUCCAUGGGGUCGAAAAGAGUCGGACAUGACUGAGCAACUAUGACUUUCACUUCAUGAUGGAGGUGGUGCCCUGGGAUGUGACGUACUGAGAAAAGAUUCAACAGAGAUGCUAAUGUAGCAACGUCAGCGCUGACAUAGGAGCUGGUUCGAUGCCCAGAACUGAAUGCUGUGUUCCAGCUGUGGCCUCACCGGUGCUGAAUAGAGAGGAAGAGCCACCUCCAUAGCUUACAUGUGAUUCCUCUGCUUAUACAACCCAAUACUGGAUUUACUUACUUUGGCAAGAUAGCUGCAUUGUGCACUGUAUUUAAUGUUACGUGUACUGUAACCCUGGGUCUCUCUCUGCAUUGCUGCCGUUAAACCCCCAAUCCUGCCAAUCUUAAAGCUCCUGCCUUUGUUUACCUGCCCCGCUUCCCACCCCCCAGACUCCCCUUACAUUCAUCCACAAUGAAUGUCAUCUUUUAUUCUCUCAUUUCCUCUCACUGUAAUCUUAAACUUUGGCAAAACCUUCCCUCUGUCUAUGAAUUGUCAGUUGUCAGCCAUCUGAUUUUUUCUCCCUGCUUUGGUAAUGGGACAUCUCUCACUUCUCUCUGGUUUUCUUUUGUAGUCGUUCAACACUUGGCAUGGUGGAUGUAUCAAGCAUUCACUUGGCAGUUCUUCUGAAUCAGAUACCUUUGGAUUUCUCUGAUCUGACCACAUGGUCAAGUUGUUUUAGUUCUUCUAUCCAGGUUUUCUUGACUUCUAUCCAUGUGACUUCACUCAGGAUAUAGUAUUAUCUCAUAACUCCUGGGGGAGACAGUAAUAGAGACUUACCAUGGACAUUUCUAACAAUAAAGGAAGUGUUCUUCUUCUUCACUGUGAAUAGAAUAGUCUUUAAUAAUUUUAAGCAAAUUCUUUCCUCUCUGACGUCUUAAUUUUUUGAAAAAUGCUAGAGCCAAGUGACUAUAAAUUUGUAAGAUGGGUGAGAUAAAGGAAGAAAGGAAGGGAAACAAGGUUUCUCUGUAGAACAGGAAAUGGUUCUUGAAGGAAGCGGAAUUGAGGUUCUUGUUGGGCUUGGUACAGCUUUCCAAAAUGGGAGGCAAGUUUUUCCUAGAUACCAUAGCAUUAUCUAAUCUAAGAUGCACAGUAGGUGUUUAGUUGGUUUAUUGAGGACUGUUGUUACAGACAUACAGACUUUGUGCUUUGGUUAAUCAUUUAGAGUGUGGAAAGUGUAACCUUUUCUGGUUUAUUAUGGAUGAUAAGAAUUGGAAGGCCUCCAUAUGUCCUUUUUAUGCAUUUCUAAAGUCCCUCUAGCUUAUCUAAAUACCAGUGUUUGUUAGAGUAGCAGUCAAGCUGAUGUUUCUUUCUUUGUUUUCUAUCUCAGUUGAUAUAUGCUAUUUAAACAGCCUCUGCUUGGAUCUGUGGUCUUCACUGAACCCAGAAUGUACGUCUUUUGUGUAUUUAUGUCUCCAGAGAGUUGGAAAUCUUUUUAACAUUGUUUCGAUACAUCAAAUUCCCAUCUUAUGGAUUUAGAUGUCACCAAACACUUUUCAUUCAGACGCCUAAUGGAUAUUUUACAUUUCAUCAUAUUACGCUACUAAAGUAUAUUUCAAAAUUACACUGCAAAGUAAGAGUUGACAGGAUCUGUUAGACUUUUUUUUGAUGGAAUAUAAAAUAUAUCAUCUGACUGUUCUUCCAUAUCUAGAACCCUUAAAUACUGCUGGUUUCCUUAUUCAUAUACAGAAGUGAAAUGUUAAGCUCGAUUAGAUGGUUUCAAAGAAAGUAAAUCUUCUCUGUAGUUUCCCACCAAAUGUAGUGUCAAAGAUUGGUCGCUUUGCUCACGCCUUGGUCACAUCUAAGUGUGGCACGUUCCUUCAGAGGAGUGUUAAUUUCGCUCCCUGACUUCCAAAGUGACCCUCAGUGACAGAUCCAUGGGGGUUCUUUGUGUGCGGAGAGCCGUGCUUCCGGCAGCCAGCAAGUAGUGAGCGCUGAGUGGUGUGGUUUCCAUCUCCAUUUAUGGCCUUGGAAGGGUGAGAGGGACAAGGCUGGAACUCUCCAUUUACGGUCCUUGGAGGAGCUGAAAAGAGCAGUUGGGGUGUUCCUGGAGGCAGAAAGUAGACAUUGUGAGAUAAAAAUAAAUUGGCAGGAGAUGUUUGCAAUUCAAAUUCCAGUUCCCGCAAGGAGGGCAGAGGGUGCCGGGUAAUGGGGUAUAGAAUGUCACAUGAGGUCAGCUGGAGGCAUUUGUCCCCUCCCAUUUGAAGAGUUGCCCAUGACACAUUUCCCAGGUUCAUUUCCGAUUUGUUCCAGAAAGUUAUGUGUUAUGUACUUGUGAGUAUCCUUUACAAAGAGGAAGAAGGAACACUUUUAAAGAGUGUGUGAUCAGAAACCUCACUUCUCUAAGGCAUCCUUUCAGGCACCAAAAGAAAUCUCCAGAAAGGAAGAGUGAGGCAGGUGCUUAUGCAGGGGACAGGCUGGCUGGUUUCAGGGUGGACGACUCUUAAUUGCUGCUCUGUGUCGGAGGAAGAUUGUCGUGUGUGUUUUGUGUUUAUUAUUCUCUUUGCCUGUCUGGAUUUCUGGCCUCAAGGGAGAGAUCUGCAGUGUUUGACAGAGUGUCUUCCUGUAGUUUGUCAACUGAGAUUUAACGGUACUGAACUUUCGAGGAGGCUCCAUAAAGAUUAUUCAGAGUUGUUUUAUUUUGGCGAGAGUAGGUGAGGUAUUGGCUUAUGGAAAGUCAUCUCACAUUCAGGAGAAAUUUACAGUCUGGCUGAUGUGUGUAAAUUAAGUCUAAGGUAAGCUAGUUUGGCACAGUUGAGUUUGAAAGCAUUUGGAGAAAAAGAGUCUUGUCUGCCGUGAAAAGUCUCAAGAGUAAAACCCAGUAAAGUAGAAAGGAGAUUAAAAGGAACGAAAGGAGGCAGAGAUGGGACAGAGAAUAAAUAUAAUUAAACUAAAUUUGGAACUGAGGCGCAAGGCCUGGGACUAAAUCCUUGAUUUAUCUUUUGAAAUACCAUGUAAGAUAGCAUAAGAUAUACCAUUAAACUAAGGAAACUGGGUUGAUUAUCAGAAAUAUGCAUUAGAAGACCAUGAAGCAGGUUGAAGGGUUGUGCAGGGUAAUAAAAUUAUACAGGUUUUGUCUGUGGACUUGCAUAAGGAUAUGUUACUUGCUGUGUACCACGAAGCAGAAAAAGAAGUGAAAUAACACCCUUCCACCUCACUUUCUGUGACCCCACCCCAGAAGAAAUGAUUGGCAUCUCUUGUUGGUGUUUGGUUGGCAGUUUGAGUUGGUAGAAUAGGCUAGUAUUAUCAUUGGCUGAUUUUUAGAUGUUGGUAUCAGUGUCUUGUUGUUUCUUGAUGAUUGAGACAGCAUCUGUAGCGUUAUUGAUUUGAUCUCUUUUAAAUUCAAUUCUAGCAACUGCCCCAAAGUCAGAGUGAGUUAGUAAGGAGUAUGGACUAUGUAAGUAGUUUGUUUUACUAGCUAAUUCGUUUAGGCAAUUGUGUUAACCCUAUAUUCUUUCUUAAUCAAGAGUAAGGAAGGGUACAUUCUUUGCUUUGGGAAAUUCUUCUUUCUGUCCUCCCUCCCCUCACUUUUUCCAAAUUCUGGGCACAACAGCAGCUCUUCCUUUUCUGUGGCAGGUGUGCAUCCUAUUGGCUGGCUGGUAUUUCUUGUUUUCUUUUUUUUUUCCUUAUUCUUUUAAAAAUGGGGGUGGGGGUAUAAAAAUAUGUGUAUGGGAUACAUGCAAUAAUGUUGUAAUGUUUCUUGUUGUUUAAUGGAUAAUUAAUUGCAAAAUAAUUGUUUGAAUUAUAACAUGUUUGAGUAAAUGCUAAAUUAGUCAUUUUUUUCUAAUAUAAUAAUGAAUUUAAAAUCUAGCAUUCCUGUAACAAUGUGUCUGUGUUUGUCUGUCCGUGUCUGUCUAAUAGUAAUUAAUAUCUGUGGUCCGUACCUGGAAGAGGAAGUACAGCUUUAAAGGAAUAACAAAAGACUUUGUGUCUUAGACCCUUCGCAGGUGUUACAGUCGGGUGAAAGAACAUGGUGUUGGGAAAAGAAAGAGCAGUUACACAUUUGAACAGUUGGAACAGGUGUUUGGUCAGGGAGGAUGGGAUGCUCAGCCCUGCCAGCCUGUACUUAUUAACAGUAGUGGCUUGUACCAGGAGCUGGAGUCAGAUGGCAGCACUAUGGAGGAGUAUUCACAGGAGGACUGGGGAAACCACAGUCAGGAUCUCCAUGGCUACCCCACAGAUCAGGAAUUGGAUGAAAUACCUGUCACAAAGAGAACAUUAAAAAUAAAACAAGAGUCUUCUGAAGAAGCACAGAAAAGAGACAUCAUGCAGAAUAUUGUACAAAUCUUGGAGUCAGUACAGUUGAAAUGGGAACUGUUUCAGAGCUGGACAGACUUUUCAAGGCUUCACCUUUCUAAUAAACUGGCCAUUUUUGGAAUCGGUUACAACACCCGUUGGAAAGAGGAUAUCCGUUACCAUUACGCUGAGAUCAGCUCCCAGGUGCCCCUUGGCAAGCGACUCCGGGAGUACUUCAAUUCUGAGAAACCCGAGGGCCGGAUCAUCAUGACCCGAGUGCAGAAAAUGAACUGGAAGAAUGUAUACUACAAAUUUCUAGAGAUCACUAUUAGCGAAGCUAGGUGCCUGGAGCUGCACAUGGAAAUUGACUGGAUCCCCAUCGCCCACUCAAAACCAACUGGUGGGAAUGUGGUUCAGUAUUUAUUGCCAGGAGGCAUUCCCAAAAGCCCGGGUCUCUAUGCCAUUGGCUACGAGGAGUGUAUUGAGAGGCCUCCCUCCCCCCAUGUGGAGCAACGUACCCUGGACCCCGGAAAGGAGGGCCGGGUUGACUUGGAAACCCUUUCAGCACAAGCCUCACUGCAGGUGGAGAUAGAACCCACUCGAAUUAUCUAUUGCUACCUCGGGAUCGCUGAGGUCAGGACUCUGCAGCAAUGCUUGUUUUUACAUUUCCAAGCAAAUACCAAAACCUUCAGCAAGGAUUGGGUUGGUAUAAAUGGGUUUUUGUCUCAGAACUGUAUUGUGGAUCCCGGUGUGUCCCCCAAAUCCAUCUACAUCAAAUUUGUAGAAGUCGAGAGGGAUUUUCUUUCUGCUGGCUCGUUAGUUGAGUGCCUGGAAAAAGCCAUCGGGUACCCCUUAAAAUAUAACAACUGAAUGUCAUCCUUCAUAAGGAUCUGGGCUCUUACCUCUCUCUUCUCUACCCCUGUCCCAUGACCCAGACUGUCCCUCAUCCAGAUGCUGCCAUCGACUCUUCAUGGAAACUCUUUCCACGAUCAGGCCAGUACAACUAAGAAACCCUAGUAGACCUUGGGCAGAAAACACAGACCUCACCUGAAAAAUGCUCAUUUUGAGCAAACAAGCUACACAGCAGACUUGCGUGGUGGGUCAGCUGUUUUCUUUUUUAAAAACAACAAAAAAACAAUUUUUAAAUGAAUUUUAGAGCCCUAAUGUAAACAAAUGUAGGUACAUUCCAUAUUGGACAAAACUUAUACUUUGAGUUUCAUAUGAAAUUGAAAAAUUGUAUUUUUUUCACGAUGUUUCAUUUUUACACAUCUCUAUGUCUCUAUAUAAGUAUUAUUUACAACCUUGAAUAAAUAAGCAAUAGAUAAUGGCAAGUAAAAUCUUGAGUCACAGUGAGUAAGACUGUUUUUCAAUAUUACCCUUUAGCUACUAUUGUAUAUAAUUUAGUUUCCUUUUUUUUCACCAACCAAGUGUUUUGCUCUUCCCAGUCAGUGUUGCCUGCAAAGCCCUCUGUUUCUGUGAUGUACCAACUUUUGGUUGUGUUGCCAUUUAAAACUUUUUUAAAAAAAAUAUUAAAGUAAUUCCUGGCCUCUUGGCA